AUAAGAUGCCCCAACUCCCUUGCAGCUCUCUUCAGAAGAAAAAUCACUAGUGUUCUGCCCUUGCCGUAAUACCAGACCUGUUUGACUUAUGCUUUGGUGCUGCAACACUGGAAUAAUUGCACACAGUUUCCAGGAAUAUCUUUUUUUCAUUUGAGUGAUUCUUUGUGGAUGAAAACAGAUUUGAGUCUUAAUAAUUACCUUGUUUAAAAGCUGUUUUCUUUAUAGUCUGAACUGCUUAAUAAAUUGGGCUGCUUACCAAUGAGCCACACAGCCAGUUCUUGUCAGGAGCUGGUUGAAAGCUGUGCUGUGCAUGUAGCAGGAAUGGCACAAGAAGAUAGCCGUCGUGGUCAAGUGCCAUCUUCCUUUUAUCAUGGUGCCAACCAAGAACUUGACCUGUCCACCAAAGUGUACAAAAGGGAAUCAGGAAGUCCUUAUUCUGUGUUAGUGGACACCAAGAUGAGCAAACCACAUCUCCAUGAAACAGAAGAACAGCCAUAUUUCAGGGAGACAAGAGCAGUGUCUGACGUGCAUGCUGUUAAGGAAGACCAGGAGAAUUCUGAUGACACAGAAGAGGAGGAGGAAGAGGAAGAAGUCUCUUACAAAAGGGAGCAGAUCAUAGUGGAGGUAAACCUUAAUAAUCAAACAUUAAAUGUGUCUAAAGGGGAAAAGGGUGUCUCUUCUCAGUCCAAAGAGACUCCUGUUCUUAAGACAAGCAGUGAGGAGGAAGAGGAAGAGAGUGAGGAAGAGGCCACAGAUGACAGCAAUGACUAUGGAGAGAAUGAAAAGCAGAAGAAAAAGGAGAAGAUAGUAGAGAAAGUCAGCGUUACACAGAGGAGAACGAGGAGAGCUGCCUCUGUUGCCGCAGCUACCACUUCCCCUACUCCCAGAACUACGAGAGGUCGUAGGAAGAGUGUAGAGCAACCUAAGCGUAAGAAGCGGGCCGCAAAAGAGCCAAAAGCACCAGUCCAGAAAGCUAAGUGUGAAGAGAAAGAGACUCUGACCUGUGAGAAGUGCCCCAGGGUAUUUAACACUCGAUGGUACCUGGAGAAGCACAUGAACGUUACUCAUAGGCGCAUGCAGAUUUGUGAUAAAUGUGGCAAGAAGUUUGUCCUGGAAAGUGAGCUGUCCCUUCACCAGCAAACAGACUGUGAAAAAAACAUUCAGUGUGUUUCCUGUAACAAAUCGUUCAAGAAACUCUGGUCUCUUCAUGAACAUAUCAAGAUCGUUCAUGGAUAUGCAGAAAAGAAAUUUUCCUGUGAAAUUUGUGAGAAGAAAUUCUAUACCAUGGCUCAUGUGCGGAAACACAUGGUUGCACACACGAAAGACAUGCCAUUUACAUGUGAAACCUGUGGAAAAUCAUUCAAACGCAGUAUGUCACUCAAGGUGCACUCCUUGCAGCAUUCUGGAGAGAAACCCUUCAGAUGCGAGAACUGUGACGAAAGGUUUCAGUACAAGUACCAGCUACGCUCCCACAUGAGCAUUCACAUUGGGCACAAACAGUUCAUGUGCCAGUGGUGUGGCAAGGAUUUCAACAUGAAGCAGUACUUCGACGAACACAUGAAAACACACACUGGAGAGAAACCCUUUAUCUGUGAAAUCUGUGGCAAAAGCUUCACCAGCCGCCCCAACAUGAAGAGACACCGCAGAACGCACACAGGCGAGAAGCCCUAUCCAUGUGAUGUGUGUGGCCAGAGGUUCCGCUUUUCGAACAUGCUUAAGGCCCACAAGGAGAAGUGCUUUCGGGUGACCAGCCCUGUGAAUGUGCCGCCUGCUGUUCAGAUCCCACUUACAACUUCCCCAGCCACCCCAGUUCCUUCUGUGGUGAACACACCCACAACCCCUACCCCUCCAAUCAAUAUGAAUCCUGUAAGCACUCCCCCUCGGCCUAUCCCCCACCCCUUCUCACACCUGCACAUCCACCCACACCCUCACCACCCACACCACCUUCCCAUCCCUCCGGUCCCUCACCUCCCCCCACCUCCAGCUCUCUUUAAGAGUGAGCCUUUAAAUCAUAGAGGCCAGAGUGAGGACAACUUUCUGCGGCACCUGGCAGAGAAGAACAGUUCAGCACAGCAUCAUUAACAUCCGUCUCCGUAGUGUGUUCUCCAGGAGACACGUCCCCAUGUGUGAGUGUGCACAGAGGGAGUUGGUGAGCAUUUCCUUAGUUCUCAGACUCUCUGCCUCUACCAAGAGCUUCGCCAGUGUCACUGAGUCAACAGAUCCAAGGGAAUGAACAAGAAGACUACCUUGAGCUCACGAGGGACUGUCAUCUAAACAAGGGGAACCACUGAACGAAAGAAAGCCCAUUUGCUUGCAUUUUCUGAUGACUUUUAUAAGUUUAAAAUACUCAGACUUGUGGAAUUUUAUAAUUUCAUAUCAGCUGAUGAGGUAUGCUUGCUUUUAUAUCCCAGACUUCUCCUCAAAGAGGGGAUAGGCCUGGUUUCCUUUGUACUAAUCGGGAAGGCUGUGAGAUUAAUCCAGAGCAUUAAUUGUAUCACUGUGUAUGGUAAGGAAUUCUUUUCAGCUUUUGGUGCCAGCUACAGAGUUGAGCUGGCCGUGUUUCACAGUAUAUCAAGCAUUAUA